AUGGAUUCUAAAUUGGUGUCAAUUGUGUCGACAGCUGCAGGAGUGACUCCAUUAUUGCCAUCCAUGACGUAUAGUUCUGCUGAAAAAUCGAGAAUCGAGAAGCCAUUUCCACAAGCAUUUUAUCUUUACAACCAGUUCAUGGGUGGCGUAGGUGUGCAUGAUGGGCAUUGUAACAACGUGCUGCCGAGCAUGCAUUCAAAGAAAUGGACAUGGGUAGUUUUUAUGAGGCUUAUCCAGGCUGCUAUCGUCAACUCACUUGUAAUAUAUAAUGCUGCUGGAGAUAGCACAAAAAAAGUCGGAAGCAAAGAAUUUGCAAUGUCAAUUGCUAAAAAUUAUAUACGAACUGCGCAAACUAAACGAAGAGGACACACAACAAUUCGACAGAGUAAACAAAAACGCUGCUCUAAUUGCCCAAUAAGAACUAAUCUUCUUUGCAAUGAAUGUGCAUGA